AUGAAUACCACGCCUGGCAUCGAGAAUGAAGAAAGGAACGAAGGGGACACAGGAUUCUAUGAAAAAAGGAAUGGUAAUGAGGACAACGAAUACAGCGAGUACAGCGAUUCUUUUGUUGAGCAUCUAUUCAAUGUAAAUAGGAAAGGAUCUAGACGGAACAGGGGCAAGCUGUAUGGACAACAUCUCCACCUUGAAAAUGAGCAAGAGAAUGGUAACUGUAACUGGUACGAUGCGGAGGGAACCCCAGUUCGGGGCACCAAACCGUACACUGUGAGGCGUGAGCAGGAGCUAUACGCCGCACGGGAGGAUGAAGAAGUGAUGAAGUACUACUCAGUAGUGAAGAGCAACAAAAUGAACGACGAUAUCCUGCAAAGUCAAAUUGAUCAGCUAUUGAACUUUAACAACAGAAUCGAGACAUAUGAGGAAAAACAAAAGAGGUUGUUCCUGGGUUCGACCAACGAUGAGGAAAUCGAUCCCUGUCUCUACAGCGUGGAGGACGACAAAGAAGAUAAGGAUAGUGGUGAUGGUUAUGGCCAUGUCCAUGGUGCAAUUUUCUUUUCCCAUUUUUUGGAUGACCUAAGUAGGGUGAAAAAGUAUCGCUUAACAGAGCGAACAAUUCACCUCCCCCCAAGAAGUAACAAAGAAGAGAUGAACCAACAUGAUGAAGGUAAUUCCAGUGUACCAUGUGACCACUUGGGUGGAAGUGAAAUAAUUCAAUUACUGAACAGCCAAAAUAUCACCUUCAACGAAAAGAGACUACUAAAUAUUUGCAACAUCAAUUUAAACAAUAUCCUUUAUUUUUACCUUUGCUGUAAUGAGGAAUAUGGUUCACUGUGCAUGGAGGGUGGAGGAAAACUUGUCUACACGUAUGACUCAUAUUCCUUUGAGGGACCCGAGGGGGGAAGCGAUGUUUCCAGUAAUUCCUCAUCGGAAGGGAGAACCUCGAGGUCGAGCUCUAUAAGCGACGAGGAGUUGCUGAUGCUCCGGUAUGGUAAUGCGGAGGGGAGUGGUUAUUCUGAGGAAUGCGGAGAGGAGUAUGAUGAGGAGGAGGCAGGAUGGUAUGGUGAUGAGCCCUUUCGUAGGAGAAGAACACAGAAGAGGAAGAAAAAAAGGAACGCGAAGCGGAACAGGCAUGGAGGAAAGGGAGCCACCUCCACUCCAUCCUCCGCUGAGCCAACAAAAAUGAACAAAGAAGUAGAAUCGUUAAUGAACAAAGCGAACACCUGCUACAUUUGCCAAAAUUUCGACGAAUGCAUAAGGAUCUUAGAGAAGGUGAUUAAGCUGGCACCAAGUUUACAUGAUCCCUUUCACCUCCUAGGUUUGAUACACGAGAGGGAAUACAAAAAUGUGAAAAAGGCUAUCAACUACUACCUGAUUGCAGCGCAUCUCUCAAGGAAUGACUACCUCUCCUGGUACAACAUCAUUGAGUUGUGCAAAAUAGACAAACAGUACAACCUCAUUUUGUACUGCCUCUUCAAGGUCUUACGUAUAUAUAGAAGAAAGCUUUCCAAGCGAGAGAAAAAACGCAUCGGAGGGUGUGUCCAGAACGAUGUUCAUUAUAAUGAAAAUCACCACUGUUCCAGUGCCGAAUCGAUGGACACCAUCCCAAAGGAGGAUAACAUACAUGAUGACCAUCUCGCACAAUCAAAGCAGAACAAACAUAGAGAGAUGGAAAAGGAACAAAUAAACGAUCUGGAUGAUUUUUCCAAGCAUCUGUAUUUUAACAUAGCCUUUACGUACCUUCUGCUGGAGGACUACAAAAAGGGGUUGAAGUGGUUGUUGCUGAUGCGGAACACAUGUGCAGGGGAAAUCGAUCCCCUGGUGGACUUGUACGUUUGUAUCUGUCUAGUUGUGGUGAGAAAUCCACAGGACAGUUACCACUUUUUAAAGCAUAUGUUCCUACGAUUGGUGAGAAAGAAACGGGCACAAUUAUCAGCAGCCUCAGCGUCAGGGGAAAAGACACCCUCCCGUGCAGCCAUCUGGUCUUACAAAGAAAAAUCCAUCGUCUGCUUUUUCAUGCAGAGUCAGAUCCUAAACGGAAAGUAUGAUGAGUGCAUUUUUGUCUACACCAUAUUGACCGCUAUGAGUGGCGAGCAAAUCCAUCUUGAUAUUUUCAUCCAAUUUGUCAGGUCCCUCUUGAUGGUUGGAAAUGUAGAUUAUGUUUACCUAAAUAACUGUUACUUCUUGCAAUUCCUUUUGGGAAAGGAGGCCCUUUUUGAGGAUCUCAUCUUCCACCUCGCUGAGUCAUACUAUUCGCGGGGCAUGUUCCAGAGCGCCAUUUAUUUUUACCACCUAAUCUAUGCGCGGUGGAAGGGCGUCCUGGGGGGGGAGAACUCUGCCAAAGGGAAGGAGCGCUUGAGCCCAAAUAAUGCUCCCUCCCUGUGCGGCACGGGCAGUGAUACACCGAUAAGCUACGACCACGGAGUGCACUUCCUCACUACAGUGUACAAACUAGUGAAGUCGUACUACUACCUGCAAAACUUCGAGAAGGCAGAACAAAUUAUCGUUAAAAUAUUAAACAACGAACAUUUAGAAAAAAACAACAUCGAAAUAGAUAUCAAAACUCUAUAUAUUGAUAUACUCCACAAAACGAAGAGGCACAAGAAAGCGAUAAAUAUUCUCCUAAGCAUUAAGCAGAAAAAAUUACGGUUUAUGUGUUCUAUCCCGAACCCCUUAAGCAAUAAAGAGAGGGAAAUUCUCCUGAUGAAAAUUCUAAAUAGAAAAAAUAAACUUCUACUUUACCUCUCUCACAAUAACUACAUCAUCCACAUGUUCUCUGUAUAUCAGAAGAAGGAUAGCGUUUUCUAUAAGUACGAUAAUUUUUUGUCCAAACGAGAUGUGAACGAUAUUAUUAAGCUUAGGGCUAAUAUUUGCUUCUGCUACUUCUGCGUUAAGUACAACUUUAGUAUCCUGGGGUACCUCUACCUCUACAACAUCUUAAUCUUUCUGCACUCCAAGGGGAUGGGAGGAUGUGCAACACGCAGUGCAUGUAAGAACCGGGGGGAGUACAUUACCGGAGACACUCGAAAUAGAAUACUUAGGCAACGUAUUCAGAGCCUGCACACCUACAGGGAGUACGUAGUGUUCCUCGCCACUUCCUUUCACAUUUUCAAAAAUAGGAAGAAGCCGGAGAGCUUAGAAAUUGUUCAUAAGGAUUUGAAGUUGGCGGGCACGAAGUUGUUCUACAAGGGUGUGUUUGUCUUCGACGUGAAGAAGGUUCUAAUCCAGGGUGACGGGGCAGAGGGAUCGGGGAACAUGGACGCAAACAUUUGUGCAAGCAGUGAUUCCCUUCCUACCACUACCGGUUCUCAUCGCCGCGUGGAGGCGCAGUUCCGUAGACGCCUACAUCGGUACGCACAGGGCGUGGAGUCAGAAAUAUUUAGCAGUAAAAUUGUGGUAAAGUUCUACAAGUUCAGCUACAGUUUCUUUUACUUGUUGUACGAAAUCGAGCAGGAUUUCAAGCGCAUACACACGGCCAUGGAGAAGGAAAAUAUAAACUUCAAGGGGAGGGAAAAAGACAUCAAGGGGAGGGAGAUUGAGUUUGAGACCAGGGGGUGCCGAUCUCUGUUGUUGCCGCCGGGGCAUAGCAACUUGUAUAGCGACGGAAGUGAACUACCCAGUUGUACCGUCACAAGACAUGUGGCAGAUCCCACCCAUCACCAGGAAAAUCCCAAAGGGGGGAUGGUGCAAAUGGCAGGAGAACGUCCAAAGCGAAGUAAGCGGUUCUCCUUCCUGGUGACGAAGAAAAAAAUGAACUUUUUUACGUUCGAAAAUUACCUGGGCCUAUAUUUCAGCCUCCUCUUCCUAGAGGAGUCCUUCUUCAUCGUGACAACUAUGAACAUGUAUGAAGAUGCCAUACACAUCCUGAGCAUAUAUCUAAAAAACAGAAAAUCUAGCAAAAUGAAGUUCCUAACAUAUAUGAAGUCGAUCAAGAGGGAGUUUCAGAAGCGUAGAAUUAGCAACCACUUUAUUAACGUACAAUUAUACUUUUUCAACAACGCCUACUCAAGUAUCAUCAAGGAUGAAAUGCGCAUGGAGUACAAGAACUUUUUUAAAAUGAGUGAACAUGUGGACUGUAAGUAUUUCCUCUUCCGCAUUAAUCUGCUCCUGAACAGAUUAUACAUAUCCAGUGGAAAAAUUGAGAAGCAGAUAAAAUGCCUCAACGAUGUUUAUAUUUUUAAAGGAAAGGAAAAGGAUGAAUACAAGGUACUAAAGUAUUAUAGUGAUAUUGUCUUGACGGGAACAUUCUGCCAGAAUUUCUUAUCCUCCAUCUCCAAGUCUAGGUACAAGAACAUUUUAAUUACCUUCCGCUUGUUCCUGGUUAGGACGCUACAUAGUAAAAAUAGCAACCCCUUCCUCAUCUACCUCAUCGGAAAUGUGUGCAAUCUGUCCUGCAUGAUUGUCAAUUCGGUUCAUGAGUACACGCGCGCGUAUGCCUUUCUGCUGAAGAGCAGGAGGGCCAAUCGCAAGCGCCUCCUGAGGUGGAACCAAGGCGUGAAAGGGAUAAAAGGGGUGAAAGGAAACUCCCAACCGGAUGGCCAAUCUGAUGGCCAACCGGAUGAUCAAUCGGAUGACAAAUCGGAUGACAAAUCGGAUGACGAAUGUGGUGACCAACUGGAUGACCGCGAGGAGGAGCUGGAGGAGGAGCACUUCCUGUUCACCAAGCUGAAGGUGUGUGCAGAGGGAAAGAAACAGAACCAAGUGGAAGACAACUUCGAAACCGUGGCGGAUGACCUGAACUUCCUCUUCAGCCUCAUGACAUCGUACUUCAACUACGCCAGUGGUUACCGUGUGCAGAACAGGGAAUCUGUUCUCAUGACAUCAUUCUGCCUACUCAAUGAUUAUAUAACGAAGAGGUAUCAGCAGAAGGUACUUGAUAAAAAAAUAAAAUACCAAAAAUAUUCUCUCUUCUACAAGGUAUACAAGUAUAUUUACAUCGCAGAAAUUUUAUACAACUUAGGGAGGGCACUGCAUCACUUGUCCUACUUCUCCGAAUGCAUGAAACUCUACCUAAGUGUCAUCCGGUUAGUACAACGGGCAGAUAGAGAAAUGAAAAAAAUUUGCUCCUCCAAUAAAUUAAACCUUAGUAGGAAAUUUAUUUUCGAGCACGUUAUCAACAUGAACCGCUGCAUGUGCUACACGUGUCUCUACUUUGGGCACAAGGAACAAGGCACUCCGGUGCAAAAUCUCGCCAACUAUUUCAACAACCUAAACAGUAAGUACUCUAACUUAUUUCUUCUUUUUUUUGACAAGCGCCACCUCCUCUUCUCAGCCUCCUAUAAUUUGGGUGUCAUUUUUAAGAAGCUCAACAGGUUCGAGCAGGCCAAGUACGUCCUCAGGAACAUAGUCUGGGAUUGA